AUGAACCUUGGAUAUAUGAUCUCCAUCUUACUGCAUUUAUCAUCUCUGUUACACAAUGAAUCAGCGGAUGCUCAUCCAGCUGAACGCAGGAUCGGAUCUCUCUUCUCUGACUUGGCCCUCAUCGGUGGUAGGAGAUAUCAGAAACGAUCGGGAAGCAAGAGUGGUAGCAGCAGCGGUGGAAGCAGUAUUGGAAGCAGAAGUGGUGGCAACAGUGGUAGCAGAAGUGAGAGCAAUGAUUCAUCCGACGAGCGUUUCAGAAAGACAUAUCCCUCGGCAACUCUUCCUACCACAACAGUGACAACACUUCCCAGAACCAUGCCACCAAGCGUUACAUCAGCUCGCACGGCGGCGACAACUCCGCUGCCACCACCACCACCAACACCACUAGAAACGACGGUGACACCCUCUAUGACGCCUACAGUUCGAGUUGAAACUACGGAGCCAGCCACUUCGACGACAGCCACUCCUUCGACGCAGAAAGCAACGGCAACUCCCAUCACAUCCAGCUCUCCAACCACACCUACCACUCCCACUACACCAACCACUUCAAAGACAAUUACAACAGCUACAACGCCUACAAUCCCAACCACUCCUACAACUACUACCAUCCCAACCACUCCUACAACUACUACCAUCCCAACGACCCCUACGACGCCAACGACAUCAACUACCCCUACGACUACUAUGCCAACAACAACGACGACGCCAACUACUCCUAAAACACCUACUACUACCACGACACCUACGACUCCUACCACCCCUACAACACCGACGACACCUACGACUACUACCACACCAACUACUCCUACAACUCCUACGACACCAACAACCCCUACAACACCGACGACACCUACGACUCCUACAACACCUGCUACUACGACGACACCUACGACCCCUACGACACAAACUACCCCUUCGACUCCUACCACACCUACCACUCCACCAAGUACUACCAUGUGUAUACGUCGAGGAGAUAUCUGCCCAGGAGAGUGA